CUAGUAUCGUGACACAUGGAACAGCUGAUUGUAGAAAGUGGCGAAAAGGAAAAUCCGCAUCAAUUAGAAGGUUACUGCUGGAGAAGCAUGUAAAAAAAAGGAUCAAAUAAAAAUCGCGUCGUUGUGUUCCUCAGCACGGCUCUUAACGUGACGAUUUAAAUACCGCAAGGAAAUACCGAACGGGAACUGCAUCUUCAAAUGUAACAGAUGUUUGUUGUGAGAGAUGUCACAAAUUGAUAUCCAGAAUUUAUUUAACAAAAGCAGGUUUCCUAGUGGUUGGCGUCUUCUACUUGUAAUAUUGUAUUCACCAGUGGGUAUUCUACUUGUGUUGCUGCGAUUAUUCGUAACAUUGCAACUUUGGCUUUUUGCAUCACUAUUACCAGAUUGUAAUCCUCUUCAAACAUUCUUAAAUUAUGGUAUUAGUUUUGCUUUUGGAAUCAUAGUUAAAUUCGAUACUGAAAGUGAGCUCAGAGACAAGCAGUCAAGAAUAAUAAUCGCUAAUAAUGUAUCCGUUCUGGAUCACUUUGCUAUACGUCGAACAACGGAGACGUUAAUUCCCAGUGUUUGGGAAUUACCUACCGCUCUGAGUAAUGCGCUGGGAUUGCAGAAAAUGGAUAUGAGCAGCAAAGAAAUACUGAUUGCCAAUAUUAAGCAAUUUCUUUCCACCUCUACAUAUAGCGUUGCAAUACAACCUGAAUUUGGCACAACUAAUAGCAAACUUGCUCUAUUGAAAUUUAAUUCUUGGCCGUUUAGCAUAGAAACGUCUGUUCAACCGGUCGCCAUCAAAGCGUCAAGACCACAAUUUGUGCCUGUGCACAUUACCUCAUUGGCUUCAACAUGGUGGACGGAAGUAUUUUGGUUUAUGUUCAUCCCUUAUACAGUUUUCACACUCAAGUACCUGAAAAUUAGACGAAAUUCUGAUCAUGAAAUUCUUGUACGAGAGGUAGAAAAGGAUAUCGCAGAUGCUUUGGGACUUGAAACAAGUUCCCACACUGUAUCAGAUAAAACAGAAUAUGAAAAACGUUAUCGUAUGGAAAUAAUACUUAGUAACCGUUCUAACAGAAGUGCACCAAAUUCACAAGUUAUACAUAGCAUAGAAAUACAAAGGAUGGUUCGUCAAGUCAGCGAAGUACUUCCAUUGGUACCACACAAUGUGAUUCUCCGAGAUCUUUUGAAAACUCGGAAUGUUGAUGUUACAAUUGCCAAUAUUCUUGAUGGCAUAGUUACUUAUACUCCAGAGCCAAAUCCACAAACUUCAUCCUCUGUAACAUCCUCGUCUGGUGGAUCUUCAAAUUCUGCAAAGGAUAAGAUAUUGGGUACUUCUUCCUUCCAAGAAAAGAAAGCUAAAAUGAUACAAGAAGCCAGAGAAAGGUAUAUUAAAAACGGACUGACAAAUUGCUGACAUUCUUAUUAUUGUUUUAUUAUGGUUAUAACAUUGUCAUCGACAACAUGUAUGUAACUUGUUUUA